AUGGACAAGUUCCGGAUGAUCUUCCAGUUCCUGCAGUCCAACCAGGAGUCCUUCAUGAACGGCAUCUGCGGCAUCAUGGCCCUGGCCAGCGCCCAGAUGUACUCCGCCUUCGACUUCAACUGCCCCUGCCUGCCGGGCUACAACGCGGCCUACAGCGCUGGCAUUCUGCUGGCGCCACCGCUGGUGCUCUUCCUGCUCGGCCUGGUCAUGAACAACAACGUGUCCAUGCUGGCCGAAGAGUGGAAGCGGCCGCCGGGCCGCCGGGCCAAGGACCCCGCCGUGCUGCGCUACAUGUUCUGCUCCAUGGCCCAGCGUGCCCUCAUCGCGCCCGUCGUCUGGGUGGCCGUCACGCUGCUCGAUGGCAAGUGCUUCCUCUGUGCCUUCUGCACUGCUGUGCCCGUGACCAUGCUGGGCAAUGGCAGCCUGGCGGCUGGCCUCUCCCCGCCCGAGCUCGCCCGCCUACUGGCCCGGGUGCCCUGCCCCGAGAUCUAUGACGGCGACUGGCUGCUGGCCCGUGAGGUGGCCAUGCGCUACCUGCGCUGCAUCUCGCAGGCACUGGGCUGGUCCUUCGUGCUGCUGACGACACUGCUGGCGUUCAUCGUGCGCUCUGUGCGGCCCUGCUUCACGCAGGCCGCCUUCCUCAAAAGCAAGUACUGGUCCCACUACAUCGACAUUGAACGCAAGCUCUUCGAUGAGACAUGCACGGAGCACGCCAAGGCCUUCGCCAAGGUCUGUAUCCAGCAGUUCUUCGAGACCAUGAACCAUGACCUGGCGCUGGGUCACGCCCACGGGGCGCUGGCUGCAGUCCCUGCCGACUCGGCUGUCCCCACUGCCACGGACGGUGCCGACGAGGAGAGGGAGAAGCUGCGCGGCAUCACCGAUCAGGGCACCAUGAACAGGCUGCUCACGAGCUGGCACGAGUGCAAGCCGCCCCUGCGGCUGGGCCAGGAGGAGCCGCCGGUGGGCAACGGCUGGGCUGGGGGCGAGCCCCGGCCUUCACGCAAGGAGGUGGCCACCUACUUCAGCAAAGUGUGA